AUGGAUUAUUCAGAAAAAAAACUUGCAGAACUCAGGGAGCUAUGUGGCGCCCGUGGGAUUUCAGCUAUUGGUGCAAAAUCUAUAUUGAUAGACAGAUUAUUACAAUCUGAUCGUGAGAAUAUAAAGAAAGAAAAUAUGGAGGCAGACUUAGUUGUCGCUCCUACUAUACAGCCAUCGGCUUCUUCACAAGCAUUAGAAGCUGGAACUUCUCAAGGAUCUAAAUUUGAAAAUAUGGAAUCAAUUCCACAAGAAUCAUUUUCACCAUCAGAACUGUCACAGAUGUCU